AUGGGAGACCUCCCUAAGCCUCUAGUCCAGUCAGUACGACCCUUCAGCAAUGUAGGCAUUGAUUAUGCUGGCCCUCUUGAGAUAAAGGAAGGAAAACGUCGAAAUGCUCGCGCAAGUAAGUGUUAUUUAGCAAUCUUUGUGUGCAUGGCAGUGAAGGCGGUCCAUGUAGAGGUUGUUUCGAAUCUAUCCACUCCCGCGUUCAUUGCCGCAAUGCAAAGGUUCGUUUCGCGCCGCGGUGUUCCGAUGAACAUUUAUUCCGAUUGUGGAACGAAUUUUCAAGGUGCUGACAAUGUUUUACGUUCUCAUCUACAAGACCCAUCUGCUCGGGAUCUUCUUUCAGCUGCCAUACCAUGUAAAUGGCAUUUCAAUCCUCCAGCUGCCCCUCAUUUUGGGGGGUUGUGGGAGGCAGCCGUUAAAUCGGUGAAGUACCACCUAAAGCGAGUCAUCGGCAAUCAAUUACUUACAUUUGAAGAGAUGGUCACUUUGACACACCGAAUCGAAGCAGUCCUGAACUCCAGACCGAUCACCCCCAUGUCUACAGAUCCGAAUGAUUUGCGUGCUCUCACUCCUGGCGAUUUUCUCAUCGGUUGCCCCAUACUAGCAUUACCUGACCCAGAUGUGACGUCAACGCCGAUCAACCGUCUAACGCGAUGGCAGUUAUUGAACCAACUACAACAGUCCUUUUGGAACCGGUGGUCCGCGGAAUACCUAAGCACCCUACAAGGCAAAUCAAAGUGGUACCGCAAGCAGGCGAAUCUCCGCGUCGGAGAUCUAGUAUUACUGCGUCGUCCGAAUGUCCCACCAACAGUUUGGAAGAUGGGACGAGUCGUGAGUACUCAUCCAGGGGACGAUUGA